CAGGGGCGGGGUCUCCGCCAGGUGAGGAUCCUGCGCCAGGUGAGGAUCCUGCGCCAGGUGAGGAUCCUGCGCCAGGUGAGGGACCUCCACCAGGUGAGGAUCCUGCGCCAGGUGUGGCGCCUCCGCCAGACAUGCUCCCCGAGGUGGGCUCCCCGUGGCUGCUGCGGCUGCUGCGGGACAUCCAGCUGGCCCAGUUCUACCGACCCAUCCUGGAGGAGCUUAAUGUCACUCGGCCAGAGCACUUUGACUUUGUAAGGCCUGAGGACCUGGAUGGCAUUGGCAUGGGCCGGCCCGCCCAGCGCAGACUGAUGGAAGCUCUGAAAAGGCACCGUUCAGGCUUCAAGUCUAAGAACUGGGUCUACAAGAUCCUUGGGGGUUUUGCCCCUGAACAGAAGGAGGCCACGCCACCCCCAGACAGCCUUCCGUACCCCCCUGAGCCGGAGGGGGGACUCAAGUGUCUGAUCCCAGAGGGUGCUGUGCGCAGAGGAGAGCUGCUGGGCUCCGGAUGCUUUGGGGUGGUGCACCGCGGGCUGUGGACACUGCCCAACGGGCAGAGUGUCCCAGUGGCCGUCAAGUCCCUCCGAGUGGGUCCCGAAGGCCCCGUGGGCACAGAGCUGGGGGACUUCCUGCGAGAGGUGUCGGUCAUGAUGAGCUUGGAGCACCCACACGUGCUGCGUCUGCACGGCCUCGUCCUGGGCCAGCCGCUGCAGAUGGUGACGGAGCUGGCGCCGCUGGGCUCCCUGCACGCGCGCCUCACGGCGCCCGCCCCUGCGCCGCCGCUGCCCGUGGCCCUGCUCUGCCUCUUCCUGCGGCAGCUGGCGGGCGCCAUGGCGUACCUGGGGGCCCGCGGGCUGGUGCACCGGGACCUCGCCACGCGCAACCUGCUGCUAGUGGCGCCGCGCACCAUCAAGGUGGCGGACUUCGGGCUGGUGCGGCCGCUGCGCGGCGCCCGGGGGCGCUACGUCAUGGGCGGGCCCCGACCCAUUCCCUACGCCUGGUGUGCCCCAGAGAGCCUGCGUCACGGAGCCUUCUCUUCCGCCUCGGACGUGUGGAUGUUUGGGGUGACGCUGUGGGAGAUGUUCUCCGGGGGCGAGGAGCCCUGGGCCGGCGUCCCCCCGUACCUCAUUCUGCAGCGGCUGGAGAAGGACCGAGCCCGGCUGCCUAGACCCGCGCUCUGCUCUAGGGCCCUCUACGCCCUCGCUUUGCGCUGCUGGGCCCCCCACCCUGCUGACCGGCCUGGCUUUCCUUACCUGGAGGGGCUGCUCCGAGAGGCCUGGCCUCCUGAGGGACGCUGUGUGAGGGAUGUCACAGAGCCAGGAGCCCUGAGGAUGGAGCCCGGGGACCCCAUCACCAUCAUUGAUGGGAGCCCUGACUCCACAACCUGGAAGGGCCAGAACGGCCGCACGUUCAAAGUGGGCAGCUUCCCAGCCUUGGCAGUGACGCUGGUAGACUCGGGGGGCUCAGCGGCCACCCACCCAGUCCACAGAGACUUCCCUGCCCGGGAGGAGCAACACCAGGGAAGCCCAGAUGGGGACAGAGCAAAGACAAAGCUUCAGGGUCAUUCUCCAGCACAGGGCCAGAGAAGGACUGAGCCCCUACAGAGGAUGAAAGGUGGGCACGCUGGCAUUUCCAAGAGCUUGGAAUCUGUUCUGUCCCUGGGCCCCCGGCUCACAGGGGGUGGUUCAAGCCCCCCUGAAGUUCGACAUGCCAAAGCUGUGUCCCAGGGACCCCCAACCUUGCCACCCCGCCCACCCUUUGCCUCCAGCUCUUCCUCUCAGCCCGGCCAGCUCCCCAGGGAGCAGCCACCUUGGCUCAAAAGAGAAGCCACACACAGUCACCCCAUGGGAGCGCCUGGAGUCAGCAAAGCCACUGUCUCCCCAGGAGACCUCCUACCCGACCCGGAUUGGCAGAGGAAGAUUCUAAAGGUGGAGCUAAGUGUGCACGGAGUCACCUACCAGGAGUGCCAGGCAGCACUAAGAGCCACUGGGGGAGAGGUGGUUUCUGCCGUCCGGAACCUCAAGGUAGAUCAGCUCUUCCACCUGAGCAGCCGCUCCCGAGCUGACUGCCGGCGCAUCCUGGAGCAUUACCAGUGGGACCUCUCAGCUGCCAGCCGCUACGUCCUGGCCCGGCCCUGAGCUCAGCACCCUUGGACGUGGGCACCAGUGUGGAAAGCCUGGACCCCUCAUGGCCUGGCAUGUGGGGCCAAGCAGAAGCAGAACAAGAACCUGGCAGGGGCAGUCUUUCCCACCUUGCUGCUGACAGCGACGGGGAGCCCAGGGUUGGGCCCUGAGCAGUGUCUCCUCUGCACCCUGCCCCUUGGCCACUGAGGGCUCAGGUUCCCUUGGCUGGGCCAUAGCAGGGUCUAGUCCACUCUGCCCUCCACGUGCCCAAACGAGGAGGACGAGGAGGGAGGGGAGCAGGAUACCCAGAGGAAGCUUCUACUUGCCACAGAGUGGUGGCCAUACCAGACCACGGGAACAGCCAUCUUGCACUGCCAUCGGCCACCACCCUGGACUCUAUGGGAGCAGCCGUCUUGGGUGAUGAAAGUAGCCAUAUUGACUUGGGCCAUGGCUUGUCCAGGGCCAUCGUGGGUGACGAAAGCUGCUCUCUUGGACUUAAGGACAAUUGAUCCUGGUAACAUGGAUGGUGGGAAGGGCCAGCCCCAGCCCAGCUGCCAUAUUUCCCUGUGUUUCUUCCCAUUCCGACUCUUUCUUCUACCCUUCCCCCGCCCCAUUACAUACACCCUCCAAUGUCCAAAAAGUUACAAAGUUUAUCUGAAUAUAA